AAUAACAUGUUGAGGUGAGUCUCAGCAACUGAUCACGAUGGUGGCGAGUGAUGUGAUCCCCUGUCUCUCUCUAAUGGGGAUUAUUUUCGCAGUUGCUGGGGAUGCAUCUAUGAAAGUGAUCCAAUAUCCUGUAGACAAGACAGCAUUCGAAGGUGAAAGCGUUACCUUCGGCUGCAAGUUUGCCAAUAUUCAGACCACUUCAGAUUUAACCUUUUACUGGUGGAAGCAAGGAGAGCGCGAAUAUUUACAUACAAGUCCUGACAACAGGAAAAUAUUCAACUUCAAAACGUUCCAGCUCCUAAAUGUGAGUUUCCACGACUCAGGAGUCUAUAUCUGUGCAGUGAGCCGUCAGGGGAAAAUAGCAGCAAAUGGAACUGGAUCACGUUUAAUUGUACAUGUCCCCCCCACUCCACUGAAGAUGUUCGCCAGAGAUUCAGAAAUAGAUUCAACAAUGUCUCUGACACUUGUGUGUAAAACGGCUGCGUUUUUCCCAGAAGAUAUAACGCUGACCUGGAGUAAAGAUGACAAUGAAGUUAAAACUGGGAUAAAUUCCACUAAAGAAAGGAAUUCAAAGGGCCUUUACGAAAUUUCGAGCUAUUUGGAAGAGGCACAGACUGUACAGAGUGGGGUUGUUUAUACCUGUCUGGUAUCUCACACCAGCCUCCGGAUUCCAGCAGUUGCCAUCUAUGCAGUUUCUAAAUCCAAUACAGAGAGUGACGAUUAUCCUUCCAUUUUGCUGAUCGCUGGAUGUGCAGGGGGAGGCCUGGUAUUUCUGCUGCUUUUGAUCAUCAUUGGCAAAGAAUGCCAAUUAAAAAGAUAGAUCAAGCAAGGGGCAGAAGGAACAAGCUGACAUAUGCCUCUCAGGAUUUACAUCCUUCCAAUGAAAUGGGAAAACCUAAAACGUACCAUUAAGAAUACAGAGUAUGCAGCGGUCCAUGUGAGAAACCACGGAGGAGCAGCAGCAGCUAUCUGCAGGGAACCAAGAUCCAUAUAAUGCAACAGGCUCAGAAACUGUUAUUGGUGUAUAUUGUUUUCCACCAUAGUGAACAAUGUGCACAUUAUCCUGUGCUGCUUUUCUAUUUGCCCCUUUUUCAACCAUGACUCCAUUUAUUAUUUUAUUACAUUAUAUGUCUUCAGGAAAUGUUUUGUAAAGUUGCUUACGAUAUCUAUAAAACUGUACUUAAAUGCCAAACAUUAUUUUCAUGUGAAUCUGAUCAAUCCAUAAAGGUAACUACUGAAUUACUUGAUUAGAAAAAUAGUUCUUUAACUGCUACAAAACUAAAACCAGAGUACAAACAAUAGGAACUGUGGUGUAACAUGUUCAAUCAACCUUUCAAUAAAAACAAGUAAGUUGCAUAA